AUGCCUCGAAUUAGAUUUAUGGAAAUAGGGCACGCCUCGCUGUCCAAACCGGCCCCCAUAGUCAAAGACAUCAAGAUUAAUCCACAAAUCCGCGAACUGCUGCAACAACCAACCUGGUCCGUCUCAUCACUCCUCCCACCACGAACACCCAAGCAGCAAGAAAACCAACGACAACAUCAACAUCAACCGUCGAAGAAAACCCGAGCCUCCCCGCUCUCCAACCCAACGCCACCUCCACCAAUAUUCCAAGCCACGCAAACAACGGUCUCAGAAAUCACGCCGUCCAAACUCCGACACCUCCUCAAACUGUCCGCGCUCCCAGCACCCUCUAGCCCCGCCGAAGAAGCGUCGAUGCUCUCGACGCUACGCUCGCAAGUGCACUUCGUGCGGGAGAUCCAGAAAGUGGACACGUCGGGGGUGGCGCCGCUGGUGGCGAUCCGGGACGAGACGCGCGACCACGUGUGGGCGUCGAUGGUGACGGAGGAGUCGCUGGCGCAGUAUUUCGUGCAGGAGGACCGCGUGGGCACCAACGGGACCGUCAGGCGUCAGCGGGACAAUGCUGUCGUUAUCAGUGGGGAUGAGGAGGCACGGCCGUUUGAGAUCGACGGCCAGGGGAGAGCCGCCCGAGACGUUGUGCAUGAGCCGUUUGAGAUGGGCAGGGCCGAUGCUGAUGGGCCUGGCAGGGGGCGCAGGACUGCGGGGAGGUUCUUCUAUGUCAAGAGGGGGAGGAAGAAUGAUAUUAAUGUAUCGACACCGGUGGAAGGGGAAGGGAGGGUGGUAGAGGGUGGUCAAAGAGAGAACAAGAACGGCAGGUGA